ACAUGUAUAUAUCGUCAAAAACAUCGCACAUAUAAUUUGAAAAUCGCUCAAUGGGCGCACACCAUGGCGCACACCACCGCGGCCGCGGUCGGUAUGCAUAGCGCCACCAAUCGACAUUGAAACACGUUGAACGUUGAUAUAUAAACACAACUUCCACAAUAACCUUAAUUAUAUGUAUGCGCUCAAAGCAUGUGUAUUACGGGAUCGGGAGUGUUAUUAGUGUUUUUCAAAUUAACUGAAAUGUAAGAUAUUAAGUAUGCCUAUAGCUCGUUUUAAACACAUAGUAUGUGCAAUAUCUGGUGGUGUUGACAGUAGUGUUGCUGCUUUGCUGUUGAAAAGCAAAGGAUACAGAGUGACGGGGCUCUUCAUGCGCAACUGGGAUGCAUUGGAUGAGACGGGAGUCUGUACAGCAGAUCAGGAUGAGGAAGAUGCCCAGUAUGUUUGCCAGAAACUGCAGAUCCCCUUCCAUCAGGUCAACUUUGUCAAGGAAUAUUGGCAUGAUGUCUUCAGUGAAUUGCUGAAGCAGUACCAGGGAGGCAUUACACCCAACCCAGACAUCCUGUGCAACAAGCACAUCAAGUUUGAUCGGCUGUUGCGCCACAGCCGUGACGUACUCGGUGCUGAUGCUUUGGCCACCGGCCACUACGCAAGGACCGAUGUCGGAGAGACGAUACUGGAUCGUGACUGGCAGUCCAAGCCACAACCAGUAAAGUUGCUACAAGCGGUGGACUCCACCAAAGACCAGACAUUCUUCCUCUCGCAAAUGUCCCAGCAUGCAUUGCAGAGGACGCUGUUUCCGAUUGGUGACUUGACCAAGGGUGUUGUCAGGGAGAUUGCGAGGGGGGCGGGGCUGGAGCGGAUUGUCAAACGGAAGGAGAGUAUGGGAAUCUGUUUCAUUGGAAGUAGGAAAUUCAAGCCCUUCAUCAAAGAGUAUCUCGAGCCCACACCGGGUAACUUUGUUUCUCUGGAAGACAACAAGGUGGUUGGGACACACGAAGGUUAUUUUAUUUAUACUGUUGGACAGAAAGCAAAAAUAAGCGGAAUGAAGGAGAAAUGGUACGUCGUCGAUAAACACCCCACCUCGAAUGAGGUCAUUGUGGUCCCAAACACCAACCACCCAGCUCUGUACUGUGAGACAAUGUUGACAGGUCCAGUUCACUGGAUACGGGAAGCGCCCAGGCAACUCCUGCAGGAACAAAUGAUGGACUGCCACUUUCGCUUCCAGAAUACGGAUCCGCUAGUACCCUGCACGCUAACAAUGAGCAGUAUGGGAUCUGUCAUUGUGUCGUUGAGUCAGCCACUCAGGGCCAUUACUCCAGGACAGUAUGCUGUGUUCUACCUCGGUGAUGAGUGCUUAGGAGGAGCCGUUAUAACGAAACCUGGGCCUUCUCUGUUCAUGCUACGUAAUAGACAAUACAGACCUGUUGAUGGCCGAGCUUCAGUUAAGACCCACAACUCGAAGUCAUGACGAACAAUUGUAGAGGAUCUGAACUUGUUAAGCAAUGGACUCCACGCACGAACAGUACAUACUUCUUCAUGCUGUGAAACCCUCUUUUAAAGCCAGAGUCCAUCAUUUGCAGCUAUCCAAAAACUAACUGACGUAAUUAUUGUUGAAAAACAUA